AGUACUGAAGACAAUUGUGUUUGUGAUCACAAGAGAAAUGUGAGAUGAUAGAUUAGAAUAUCAGCUUUCUAGAAAUUAAAUGCUAAAUGAUUAUUUAGAAUUAUGUAUUAGAUGUGGCAUUAGAAGUAUACGAUAUAUCUCUAGUAGCUCUAUUUGAGUCUAUUGUUCAGGCUUCUGUAAACUCUUCACUAGUCACUGUGUAGCUUUAUCGCAUGAUCAUUCUGCUCUAUUUGAUGUUCACUUGUGAGUAAAUAUUGACUGCCCUACUUAAACAAGGAUAUAGCCUGUAGAUAUUUUUCAGGUAUGAACACAGUAUAUCAACAUGUUAUACUCCACUGUGAAACGUCUAAAGCACAUGACAUAUCUUUAAAUGACAUUGCACUAUAUAAAUAGGCUUCCCAACCCAAAAGAUUUCUCAAUAUAAUUAAACAAAGAUGCACUUUAACCUUACAAGGUUUAUUAAUUAAUUCUAUAAUCAGUUAAUGAUAACACCCAUCACUUCAUAUGUUAAAUUUGUUCUCACCCUUAUUUGUGUUUAUGCGUCCAUUUCUGUUGCUUUGUGUCUGCUGUUAAAUGUGCCAAGCCUUUAUUCUGGGUUGGGAUUAGAACACAGAGGCAAGACACACAAGCAGAUGUAACAAAUCAGGAAUGUAAUCAGUCAGGCAUUGACACUGUAACUCCUGUAAUUCCUGUUGCAGGCAUGUGAUUGAUUGUAAAGUGGAAAAAUUGAGGACAGCAUCCAUUUUUAUUGUUAUUCAAGGUCAUGGUACUCUAACUCCAUUAGUGGUAGUGUUAACAGUGGUGUGGUGAAAGGGAACUGCAAACAAGGCGGCAUGUGCUUUGGCCAAUAUAACCCAGCCCGAAACAUAACUCAUUGAUGCUGUUUAUUUUAUAGACCACAGACCUUUGCAUGGAGGGGUGUGUUUUCUUUUGGGUGUGUAGAAAUUUUCUCUCCACCUACUCCUCACUCAAGAGAAUUCAAGGACUCAUGCUGACCUGUGACGCAUUGUUUGUAUUGUGCUCUGAUUUUUUUUUUUUACUCUGACGGACGUAGAUGUGGUGAGGUGUUGCCAGUUGUCGGUGUCAAGCUGAUGUGGUUUCCCAGAGUCUUUCUGUGUUGGGGAAGAUGAAGAACACAAGAAAAAAUAGAUUUUAUUUUUAUUUUCCCCAGGCCUUUAAAAUGUUCCAGAGGAAGAAGAAGAAAAGGAAGAUAGAGAUCUCUGCACCCAAGAACUUUGAGCACCGGGUACACACUUCGUAUGAUGCUGCUCGGGACUGUUUUUUAGGACUACCACCACAAUGGCAAAGUGUAAUAGAAACACUUAAGAGACCGAAGCCGUUGGUGGAUCCUUCCAACAUAACAUCUGUACAUCAUAAGAAGGAGAAGAACAUUGUGCGGGGCAGUUUUAUUGGACAUGGAGACUACAUUGCAUCAGCAAUUGCUGAAAUGUCUAGGCUUUCUGUUACCAGCUCCAACUCACUCAGGAGGACUAGUGUGUCUCUUCGAAAACGAGCCAAGUCCUUGGGACGCCUGGGUGACCUGGUUGAGGGGGAAACAUAUCAGUAUCAGGAACUCAAUGAAAAGAAACAUCAAUAUAGCCAGUCUGUGUUAGGUUGGCAUGACUGGACACGGCAAGUCUAUAGUGAAAACGGAAGCCCACAACCUGGGGGAAAAAAGAGUGCCACUCUCCAACCUAAUGGGCUACCACCAAGAGCCAAGUCUAUUAUUGAAGUCAGUACAGCAUCUACAACAACACCGCCACUUAUGCCAAGGGAUAUUUUAGGUUUACAAGGAGCAGGUCAUGAAAGCAACUAUGCCCACAGUGAGAAACUAGGACUGUAUAAUCCCAGCAUGGCUCAGAGAAGCAGUAAGGCCAACCAAAGGCCUGUGUCCUGCCUCUACAAUACUCCCACCUUAAGCCAAGGGUCAAAGGUCACCCCAAGGGUGCCUCCAAUCACAGAGCUUGCCUUAGUAUCUGUGGAGACCUCAAGGAGGCCAUAUUCCACUUAUGACCUAAAGACAAACUCAAGGGGGUUCCCAGCCAUCGCAAAACCAAAUGGUACCAGCAGUCCCAAACUAGAGUAUAGCACCCACUCUCACUCACAGCUCUCCAGCAAUGCAACAAUCAGAUCUCCUAAUAAUGCCUCAGUACCUCCUAUACAGGACAGUCCAACUCAGCCUCGGCCAUCGCCUACAGGUUCCCCCUCCACUAACAUUUCUGGGGCUUACUCUCCCUGUCUAAGGACUGCUGAGCCAGACAGUACCAUAUGUGAGCAGCCUGGAGUCACUCAUGCACAAUUCAAGGCUGCUCUGCAAAUGGUAGUGGACAAAGGGGACCCCCGCACCUAUUUAGAAAACUUUGUGAAGAUUGGUGAAGGCUCAACAGGAGUUGUCUGUAUUGCGCGGGAGAAGCAUAGUGGGAAACAGGUAGCCGUGAAAAUGAUGGAUCUGAGGAAACAGCAAAGGAGAGAGCUGCUCUUUAAUGAAGUGGUUAUCAUGAGAGACUACAGGCACAAGAAUGUGGUUGAGAUGUACAAGAGUGCUCUAGUGGAGGAGGAGCUUUGGGUCAUAAUGGAGUACUUGCAGGGCGGCGCUUUAACCAACAUAGUAUCUGAAACUAGGUUGACAGAGGAGCAGAUAGCUACAGUGUGUGACGGUGUGCUACAGGCUCUAGCCUAUCUCCAUGCACAAGGUGUCAUCCACCGAGACAUCAAGAGUGACUCAAUAUUACUAACGCUGGAUGGGAGAAUAAAGCUGUCAGACUUUGGAUUCUGUGCUCAGAUCAGCAAAGACAUUCCAAAGAGGAAGUCAUUAGUUGGAACACCAUAUUGGAUGGCUCCAGAGGUUAUCUCCAAAACCCCAUAUGGAACAGAGGUGGAUGUGUGGUCUUUGGGCAUUAUGGUGGUGGAGAUGGUUGAUGGAGAGCCUCCAUAUUUCAGUGAGACUCCAGUAGCUGCUAUGAAGAGAUUGAGAGACGAAGCAGCACCUUCUGUCAGAAAUACACACAAGAUGUCACCAGUGCUGAGAGACUUUUUGGAAUCCAUGUUGACAAAGGACCCUCUGGAGAGAUCGAGUGCUACUGAUCUACUCAAGCACCCUUUCCUGCUGCAAAGUGGUUCUCCUCGAUGUCUGGUGCCUCUUGUGGAACAGUAUCGGAAACGCAUGUCUCGCUGUUGAACAGCGCUACAGAACUG